UACAGUUUUCAUCUCUGGCUCGUGUUGUUUUUGUAUAAUCUUAGAACAGUGAAGGGGGAGAGAGAUUUUUUUGGGGGUGUGAGGGAGAAAAAUAGGAUCCGAAUCGAGAACUUAGGGUUUUGCUGGGAUUUGGAGAGGGAUAACGGAGGAACCUGAAAUUAGGGUUUCGUUUGUACUUGAUUUGGGGGAAAGGAGGUGAUUUUGAAUCCUCGAUCAUUGUGGAAGAGAUCGAUAGAGAUUGGUUUGUGAGUCAGGCAAAUUAAUUUUACUGUCAAUGGCUGAUAGAAGAGCUGGUAAGCGUUCGAUUAAUCGGAGAGGCGUUUCAAAUGCGGACUCUGGAACAUGUAAUGUUUGUUCUGCUCCUUGUUCUUCGUGCAUGCAUCGUAACGUAGGUGUCACAGGGUCAAAAUCGGAUGAGUCGUCUGAUGAGAAUGGGCAUGGAGUUGCUGGUAGCCAGUGUUCUGUGAACGAGGACAGUCUUUUGCCUUCUGUUGUGGUGAAUUCUCGCAACGGUUCGAAUAACACUGCGAGUGAGGCAAGCAACUUUGUUAGUUCCGGUCAUGAUGCUCUCUCUGAGAAUGCUGAGAGUAGGGAAAGGAUCAGACGUUCUGGGAAAUGUGAUGGUUCCGGGGUUGUUGCGAUGACUUCGAAGGCAUCUUCUUCUGGGAGUAGGAUGAAACAUAAAGUGUCUGCUUCAGUUAAUGUGUUAGAGCAAGAGGAGACAGUCGACAAGGAUUCAGCUCUGGUUUCUGAUCCUGUUCUGAGUAGAUCUAGGAAAGACCAAGAUUCAACAAUCAUCAAAUCUUCUAGUGUUCUUUCAGAUGAAGUGAAAUCACAAUCUUUGCGUAAUCCGUCAUCAAACCAUGAAGACAGAAUCAGUUCAGAGCGGGGAAAUUUCAAGGAAAAACUGGGACCAGGGGGUAACGAAGACAGGGAGGAACAGUCUGUUGAAGGAUCUGUUCCUUCUGGCCAGAAGGGGAAGGAUGGGAAGUCAAGUACAAGCACUUCCUUCAAUAAAUCAGAUGAGUCGGUCUCAUCAGUUAUGUCUGAGAGCGAGAGCGAUGAUGCUGAGGUGGAACAUGAUGUAAAAGUUUGUGAUAUCUGUGGAGAUGCGGGUCGUGAAGAUCUACUCGCUAUUUGCUUCGGAUGCAGUGAUGGUGCAGAACACACCUAUUGCAUGCGGGUAAUGCUCAAUGAAGUUCCAGAGGGUGAUUGGCUCUGUGAAGAAUGUGAGGAAGCUGAAAAACAGAAGCAAGAAGCUAAAAGAAAAAUAGAAACUGAGAUAAUCAACAGUCCACAAAGCUCGGGAAAGAGGCAUGCUGAUAAGAUUGAGGCAGCUCCAGAUGCUAAAAGGCAGGCGGUUGAGGGUUCAACUGGGUCACCCAAGAAAUCUAUUCUCCCCAGAAUAGGUCCGCUAUCUCGGGAAACAUCAUUGAAGGGGCUAGACAGGCCAAGGGGAAAGCUAAGUCAUCAAGCAUCUUUCAGUUAUACCACAGAAGGUGCACGAUCUACUGGUUUACAGCUUCAACCUCCAAAAGGUGCAUUUUUAAAAUCCAGUUCCUUCAAUUCUUCAAGCUCGAAACCGAAAGUGCAACUCAUGGAUGAUGUUAUUCUCCCAAGAAAGAAGACUGGGAAAGAAUACACUCCUGUGGAUAUAAAGGAGGGAGGUCUUGGAAUUGUAAGCAAAUCAAUGUCAAGUAGAACAACAGACACUGGGAGUUCUAAUGGAAACGACUCGGAAGCAAAAAUCCUUGCGUCGAAAGUUCAUUCACAAGAAGGCAAGAGCUCAAAGCAACUGAAAGAUCGCAGUGCAGAAGCUAAUGCGUCAGCAGCCUCCACCGAUCAGAAGCUUACUCCACGCAGCAGUACCCGUGAUUUGAAGGGUUUGCAGUCUGAUGGUAAACGAGGUAGCUUGACGAAGCAAGUUAGCAAUCUAAACCGGAACCGUCUAGAAAAUCCUAUUGCUUCUGGAGGCAAUUCCCGCGAGCAAAGUGUAGGUCAAGCUGACUGUAAGGAUGAACUGACAUCCACAUCUUGUGCGGGUGAGGGUGUUCCAAGCAACGGUAACGUAACUUCGCAGGAUGGAUUGCCACGGUCCAGGGAAUUUAAAGAGGUAGUAAAGAAAAGCAAAGAAGCCUUAGGUAAGCGCCAAAGGUCUAGCCUGUUAGCUGGUGGAAAAGGCUUACCUUCAUCUCAAAAAGGAGACAAAACUGCAGAGUCUAGUGACACCUCAGGCGUUUCUGAUAGUGAUCCCUCUACCACAAAAAUUGUUCGGGAGGAUAUAAAUAAGGGUAAUAGGUUGCGAGCAGCAGUAGAUGCUGCUCUUCGUAAAAAGCCCAGCUUUAGCAAGAACCGAGUAUUGGAGCAAUGUGAUGCAGCUUUGGCAUCUAAUGUGCCUUCUAAUUCUGAUAAAACUUUACGAGAUCAAUUGCCAUCAAAGAUGCAUACAACUGCAUGGCCUGCUCCUGACCCGUACAAACAGACAAUUGUAACAAAUGGGAAGCAGCUUGUACCCUCUGGUGCUGAUGCGAUGCCUCCACGAUCUGUGGAGCUUGAAGUUAAUCCUCCGUCUGUGAAGCCUGUUAUGAGAGAUUGGCCAUUAGCCUCCCCACUUUCUCUGUUGAGAAGCUCAGCCAUUCCAGACCAUGAGUCUAUAUGGCAAGGUAACUUGGAGGUGCGGAAAGCUAGAGAACAAUCAGCUAUGCAUAGCGGAAUGCAAGCACAUCUAUCAACCUUAGCAUCACCCAAGGUUGCUGAAGUGGUGAAUAAAUUUCCAGAAAAGUUUAGCUUGAAUGAAGUACCUAGGCUAAGUACAUGGCCUGCACAAUUUCAAGACAUAGGUACUAAAGAAGAUCAUAUAGCUGUGUUCUUCUUUGCAAAGGAUGUUGAGAGUUAUGAGAGAAAUUACAAGCCCCUGGUAGAUAACAUGAUGAAGAAAGAUUUAGCCCUGAAAGGAAACCUCGAUUAUGUUGAGCUUUUGGUUUUUGCAUCCAACCAGCUUCCUCCAAAUUGCCAGCGUUGGAACAUGUUAUAUUUCCUUUGGGGUGUAUUCCGAGGAAGAAAAGAGAUUUGUACAAACCCACAGAAGAAUCCAUCUUUGCCUGCUUCGAAUGUUUUGCCGCGUGACCAAAACACCAAAGACUUUUGCCAAACGAGUUCUCCUUCCAAGCGUUUGGAGAAAGCGUCUCCUCUGCGUGAGAGCCCACGCAACAUAAAUGAAACUCAAAAUAGGAUAGAUGUAUCUAGCCAUGAGAAUCCAAGUGACAAAGAAUCCUCUAUUGAGCGAUCAUCGAACACAAAGGAGGAAAUUGCUCCCAAGGAGGAAGAACCAGGUGCGAAUCAUAUUACUUGCCAAGCUAAUGGAUCAAACUCUGGAGAUAGUCUAGUGAAGAAGGUUCAGCAGCACAGAGAAGAGCAAGAAUCAGAUGGUAGAAAGGAUGUGCACACGACUGUCAUAGACUCAGAGAUUCCGCCCCAUGGCCAAGACAACAACUAUAGUCAGGCUAGUCAGAGGAAGCGUCCACUUUGGGAAGUGACAAGACCUGCCACGGAAAACCAGAAAGUGGAGCUCAGUAAUGAACGUUUAAGCGAAGGAUCUCCUAAUAAAAAGCUAAAGACAGAAAACGAAAGCAGCAGCAGCAGCUUUUCACAGGAUCCAUUUGGUAAUGAUUCAGGGAUGAUGAAGAAGAGUCCCAAAGUGGUAUUCCCUUUGGACUUGAAUGCAGAAAGAGAAGAAGAAGAAGAAGAAGACAUGGAACUAGUCGAUGAUCUCAUUCCACUUGGCAAUAACAACAACAAGCAGAGUGGGAGAUUAAUAGGUACAGUCCCGGAUCUGGAGCUGGCAUUAGGAGGUGAAGAAACAAGGCAAGAAGAAGAAGGGACAAUGGGACUAUUGCCUUUCUUAGCCGGAAGAAGCAACUCUGGAGGAGAACAAAGUAGUAGUCAUCAUAGUAGUAAAGGAAAAGAGAAGGAAGAAGAUGAAGACAUGGACGUCUCAGCUUCUCUGUCGUUAUCACUGUCGUUAACGGGAGAGGAGAGGAAGAAUGCUGAUAAGACUCCAUUGUUCCUGUUCAGAGACCUUCCCAGAUAAAAAAAAAAGAAAAAAAGAGUUUUAUCGUAAGUUUAUAUAUUUGUUUAUGAGUGUCCCUUUUAGUUCUUUUACAAGACUACAACGAGAUACAAAUCACAGGUUUUGUAUAUAAAAAUGGUGAUUGGAAGAACCGAAUGUUUAUUUUACUAAUAAUUAUUGGUUCAAAACUAUAGAAUAACAAAAAUGUUUUCUGAA